CUGAUACUAGGCCGCUACAGACGACUGCGUCUCCUAGGCUCGGGCGCGUUUGCGAAAAUGUACCUCGCGCUCGACACAUACACCUCCACCCACGUCGCCAUCAAGCUCCUCGCGCCAGACAACGCCCAAAUCGCACGGCACGAGCACGCGCUUCUCAUCCGCCUGCGGCGGCGUAAUUCCAAGCACUUUGUCCGCGUGUUUUCGUUCUUCGCUGGGGAUGAGGAGCAGGAGGGUGGCACAGGUCUUGUGAUGGAGUUGCUGGAUUCGGCGACGCCGCUUGCGCUCCCGGCGUGCGAGCACGCGGGGGUCGGACAUGAUCUGCUUUCCUGCCCGGAGCGGAUCCAUGAGCUCGCGCGGCUUGCAUCGCAGCUUUUUGCCGGUCUGCACGAGCUACACUCGCUCGGCUAUAUCCACGCGGACCUGAAGCCGGAAAACAUUCUCUACGUGCCCGCGCAUGCGUCGCUGCCGGGGACGGUGAAGAUUAUUGAUUUAGGAAACGCGGUCGCGAAACAGGACCUCGUGCUUUAUCAUGACGACUUUGAGAUCCAGAGUCUAGGGUACCGCGCGCCUGAGGUGAUCCUCGGCGACGAAGGGUUCGAUGAGCGGGUGGAUAUCUGGAGCGUGGGUGUUAUCCUGCUCGAACUACUAGUCGGC